AUGAGCCAACCACCAGCUUUAGGAACUAUUCACCAUUUUGGUCUUUUGGUUUCCGAUUACAAAAAGAGUAUCGAGUUUUAUGAUUCUUUUCUUCCUAGACUCGGUCAAUUUUUUAUUGGUCCAGCAAAGGAAGAACACAGAGAUAUUAAGCAUACCAGAUAUGCAGUUGGAUAUCAUCAUUUGGCUUGGAAUGCUACCUCUAAAGAAGAAGUUGAUAAGUUUUAUGAUUUCUUGGUUGAAAAAAAUUACAAAAUUUUGGACGCCCCAAAGGACUACAAAUAUGCACCUGUCUAUUACGCUGUCUUUUGGGAAGAUCCUGAUGGUUUUAAGCUUGAGCUCUGUUAUGUUCCAUUUCCUUAUGAAAAUGAAAUAAACAAAAAUGAAGACG